GCCUGUCGCCCUUCCAGGGCCGUGCGGGGCGAUCCUGCAGCCUCCAGGCGGCGAUCCAGGGCUGCUCGAGGCCUGAGCGGGAGCCCGGAGGCGCGGCCGGCAUGGAGGCGCUGCUGCUGAGCGUGGGGUUGCUGCUGGGCGCCUACGUGCUAGUCUAUUACAACCUGGUGAAGGGGCCGCCGUGCCGCGGCAUCGCCAGCCUGCGGGGCCGCACGGCCGUGGUCACGGGCGCCAACAGCGGCAUCGGGAAGAUGACGGCGCUGGAGCUGGCGCGCCGGGGAGCGCGCGUGGUUCUAGCCUGCCGGAGCCGGGAGCGCGGGGAGGCGGCCGCCUUCGACCUCCGCCAGGAGAGUGGGAACAAUGAGGUCAUCUUCAUGGCCUUGGACUUGGCCAGUCUGGCCUCCGUGAGGGCCUUUGCCACUGCCUUCCUGAGCUCUGAGCCACGGCUGGACAUCCUCAUCCACAAUGCCGGGAUCAGUUCCUGUGGCCGAACCUGGGAGCCCUUUAACCUGCUGUUGCGAGUGAACCACAUCGGCCCCUUCCUGCUGACACACCUGCUGCUGCCCCGGCUGAAGACAUGCGCCCCCAGCCGCGUGGUGGUGGUAUCCUCAGCCGCCCACCGUCGAGGCCGCCUCGACUUCACACGCCUGGACCGCCCAGUGGUGGGCUGGCGGCAGGAGCUGCGGGCAUAUGCCGACAGUAAGCUGGCCAACGUAUUGUUUGCCAGGGAGCUCGCCACUCAGCUUGAGGGCACUGGCGUCACCUGCUAUGCAGCCCACCCAGGGCCGGUGAACUCGGAGCUGUUCCUGCGCCACGUUCCUGGAUGGCUAUGCCCACUUUUGCGCCCAGUGGCUUGGCUGGUGCUGCGGGCACCACGAGGGGGUGCCCAGACACCCCUGUACUGCGCUCUGCAGGAGGGCAUUGAGCCCCUCAGUGGGAGAUACUUUGCCAACUGCCAUGUGGAGGAGGUGCCCCCAGCUGCAAGAGACGACCGGGCAGCUCACCGGCUAUGGGAGGCCAGCAAAAGGCUAGCUGGGCUUGGGCCUGGGGAGGGUGCCGAAUCUGAUGAAGAUCCCCAGCCUGAGGACCCAUCUUCUCCGAGCAGCCCCCACCCUGAGGAGCCCACGGCUUCUGAACUCUACCCCAGCCCUCAGAGUUCACCAGACUUGUCUAAGGUCAUGUGCCGAAUUCUGGUUAAAGCUGAACCUGAGCUCCAAACCUCCUAACCCCCAGGCCGGCAAGCUUUCCAGGACACUUGGUGGGCCUUGAAAACCUUAGCUGUGUUCCAGGCCACGCACUGGGCAUUGAGAGGGUUGCAAUUUUUACCUCCAUGGUUACUUUCUGGGGCUUCAAGCUACAUCCUGGACAGCUCGUUUCCUGAUGGAAGGAAAUAAAGGGUGAUGAUUUCUU